GACCGGUAACAACCAGGAAGUAGAUGCACACCGUCAAUGGAGGCCACAUUGAUUAAUUUUAACAAAAUGUUGGCGUUUUGGAAGGCUGGACUGUUUUAAGCAGACCACAGGAUUGUCAUUUGAAGGUGCUACAAUGUCGUUACUUGUGGCAAGUAUUGAUUUCGGCACUACCUUUUCUGGAUGGGCAUACAGCUACAAGUAUGACUACGAAACAAACAAAAACAACAUACAUACGAAGAACUGGCAAGGAAGCUCGCACAUUUCACAGAAAGCGCCGACGGUGGUGUUGAUUAAACCUGAUGGCAAGACGCUUCACUCGUUCGGAUAUGAAGCAGAAUCUAAAUAUGCAGACCUCGCUGAAACAGGCGACCACAAGGAUUGGUACUACUUCAGACGGUUUAAGAUGCUUUUGUUCGAUGAAAAGGGCAUUAAAGGAAAGGUUUUAAUCGAAGAAACCGGAGGAAAAAAGCUUAAAGCCAUCGACGUAUUUUACCAAGCUAUCAAAUAUAUCAAAGACGAUCUUAUUACAACGAUUAAGAAGCAACUUACCGGAGCAGACUUUCAGGAGUCUGAUGUAGAUUGGGUUAUAACUGUACCAGCCAUUUGGAAUGAUGCCGCAAAGCAGUUUAUGAGGGCCGCUGCAGAAAAGGCAGGCAUUGAGAAACGCAAACUUACGCUAGCGUUAGAACCUGAAGCAGCAUCGCUAUAUUGUCGGCAUUUGCCCAUAGACAAAAAUGUUGGGCACUCAGAUGCCCGUCUACACAAAUUUCCCGAGGGCACAAAGUACAUGGUUUUGGACGCCGGAGGGGGCACGGUUGACAUCACGGUGCACGAAAUAGUAAGCGAGAAUACAGUCCGUGAAUUGCAUAAGGCCAGUGGAGGCGCCUGGGGAGGAAUCAAAGUGGACGAGGACUUUGAGAAACUACUUGAUGAAUUAAUGGGGCCCGGUACAGUCGAGGAUUUAAAGAGAGAAAGUAUGGAGGAAUACCUCGAUCUAACUCAAGAAUUCGAAAUUAAGAAAAGGGAAAUAGAUCCUGAUUCUGAAAACCAGGUGUCAAUACGGAUACCUUCAAUAUUCCGUCAAUUUGCGAAGACUAAGAAUAGAAAGUCCUUGAGUGAAUUGAUUGCAGAUAGUAAGUACAGCGGGAAAGUAUGCAUAUCGCGGGACAAACUCCGUCUUGAUAAGGAUAUUGCACUUUCGCUCUUCCACAGUUCAACAGAAAGGAUAAUUUUCCAUUUGCAGAACCUCUUAGAGCUUCCUAUUAUAUCUGAUUGCUCGGCUAUACUGAUGGUUGGUGGUUUUUCAGAAUCCCGUGUACUACAGCAACGAAUUAAAAAUGCUUUUUCACAAUUGCAUAUCAUAAUUCCUCAAGAUGCAGGGUUAGCGGUAAUGAAAGGGGCCGUUGGCUUCGGAUUCAAUCCCUUAUUUAUAGGAGAGAGAAUAGCCAAAUACACAUAUGGAACAUACGGUGUACAUCUUCACACAAAAAAAUGUUCCCAUGCGCCUACUCGUCUAUAUGCAUAUUCAGAUGGCAUAAGAUGCAUGGAUUUCUUUGAUGUACUUGUUAAAGAAGGAUCGUCGUUAAAAAUCGAUUCAGUUGUUGGACCAAUUCCCUUUAAACCAGUUGAACGAGACCAGACCUACAUAUUAGAACAAAUGUAUGCAUCAACAAAUCCAAAUGCAAAGCUUGUUACAGAUCAGGGUUGCCGAUUUAUAGGAGCUAUGUCGUUCCCUGUUGAUCCGAAAUUGUUUGACAAGGGGGCCAUUAACACAACUUGCUACAAAUUUGGAGGCACUGAAAUUGAAGUCACGGUUCGAAAUAAGGUGACAGGCGAGCUUUUCACUUCCACGGUAGACUUUCUUGGAUAACAUGGUGUUUAGAAGAGAUGGACGGCAUUGUCCUUUGACACUAAAGCAUCAGAAAAAGAAGAAUAAAUGAUUUUUAUUUUUUUU